UGCUUAUCCUCCCAUUUUUAAACGCCACAGCCGGAAACUUCUGUACCAGAUUUUUUCUCUAUCUCCAAAUUUCAUUUUGUUCAAGAAAAUUUUUGUUCAUUUCUUGAGGUCGAUUGAGAUUCGAAGAUUCUGAUUGCUAUCUUCUGACGAGAAGCUCAAACUUUAGGGUUUCUGAUUUUUCUUUACUUAAAAAUUUCGAGAGAUUCUGCGAUGUCUAGCUCUAGAAAGCAAGGAUUAUGUGAUGAUUGCACCGAAGGAUCCAACGGCGAUGAUUUCGAUGAAUCGUUAUCUGUUUCAAGCGGUGCUGAGUCUUCUACCGUUGGAUCUGGUAGCGUUUCGCCAGGGAGAACUGAAAUUGGGUUAACGGAGCGGUUGGCGGACAUCCUUGUGGAUGAAGGAGAUGGAGAUCUGCUGCUUCAACGGAGCGAUCGUGAAGAUAGGGUUUUGCAAUGGCUGCAAGCUUUAGAUAUGCAGGUAAUGGGGGCGUGUAGAGCUGAUGAGAGGUUGAAGCCGUUGUUGAAGCUGAAUGCUUCUAGUGGUAUGGCUGAAGAUCGACUUUUGGCCCAUCUGAGUCGGCACUUCGAGCCAUCAGAAGUAGGCAUGCUUGCUAGAUGUUUCUGUAUACCUCUCGUUUCAAUUCGCGUUGGCAAGAUUAACAAGCAGGGGACUCUAUUAUGCCCUACUGCUGCAAGGGGAAAUUUGAAUCUUACACUGUUGCCGACAUCUGAUUUGCGCCUCUCCUUCGUUGGAGAUGAUGGUAGUACAGAGAGACUCUUCACCCUAGGCAGUAAAGCACAGGGUCCUGUUGUCACAGUUGAAGAGAUCUCUGCAGACAGUUCCGGCAGAUCUUUCCUGGUAAAGAUAGAAGACGAUAGAGAUUUCUACUUCUGGUGCUCAGAGAAAUCAAAGCUUUUAGGGAUGGAAUUGCUGUCAAAGAUAAAGGAUAUACUCAAGAGGAGACCAUCAAUAGCAGAUUUAACUGGUAUUAGUAAGUCACGUCUUGAUUGCUUUGCUACACACCUCCGCACCUAUCUUGUUGGAAGCAUCCGAGAAAAUGCUGUAUGCUUUCCUGCCACUUCAUUGGGCACCAAUCUUGACCUCGCUGAUGGUACAUCUUCUAUAUCAUCUAAGUCUCUGCGUUCCCGACACGUUGGCAGUCAGGCUGUAAAGGCAAAUUCAUCUUAUCAAGGAAGCCUCAGUCCUAGAUCAAGUUCCUUCAAAGAGGGUGUUCCCAGAAGCUUGUCUUCUCUGAAAAAUGCUGCCCGGGAAAAGUUAAAGCGCCGUGGGGAUAGCCAUCUCUCAGCAGUUGAUGACCUGAUGAUUACAUUCCCCCGUAACAAUGAUGCAUCAAGCUGUAUUCAGUUGGAAAAUGAAAGACUCGCCGUAAUUAAUAGUUGCCCUGUAGCACCAUCAAGUUUUCUUGAAUCACUAGGGAAAUUGGCGAUCUCUCCAUCUCUAACUUCAGCACCGCAUGUUAUGCCCUCAAUUCCACCUCUCAUUUCUCCAUACUAUUGUUGGUGCCCCCAAGGUGCAUCAACUUUGCAACGUCCUUCAGCAUCUCCACAAUUCACUACAUCAUCAACUGAAUCCCCCUUGCUUCCACCACUGUCUUCAUUAUUGUCGGCCGCUCGGCCUUCUGGCCUGUUAACUCCAACACCAUCCCUUAGUUUAGCUGAAAUUCCCUCGUUGGAUUUUCCUGCUUUGCUGCCAGACCCAUUGUUAAGAUUGCCAAUGCCUGGUUCGCAGCAGAUCCCAACCUUCACGCCUUUAAUUUGCGAUCCAAUUGUUCAUAUUCCAGUAAUUGAUGUCUGCUCUUCGGGGCAAGGUUAUCUGGUGAGUGCUGGUCCUGCUAUUUCAAGUUCUAUACCACCAUUGCACCCUCAGCUUGUGAAUCCAUUGAUUCCCGAAACUGACUCUAUGCUAGAGAAGGGUGCAAGGGAGACUCUGCGACUACUCAUUAGUAGUUCAGCCCAGGGUAACCCUCAGUUGAUGGAUGUUUUGCCUGCUGUGUUAACCAAUGAUGAUAAAAAGGGUCUACAUGCUACUGGGAGCCGAGGCCUGUAUGCUGGAUCCAGUGAUGUUAAUGCUAUUGCGAGUAGCAUGGCUGCCUUUAGCUUGGUCUCUCUGUCAGAGAGCACCAAAGGAGAUGGCGAUGCUAAGGUAAUUGGCAGCUGUGACAGUUUUGAUAGAAGUUUGCAAGAUGGACGUAGUGGCUUGGAUCGAUCAUGUUUUGAUGAUGAUAAUACUCGGUUUCCAAACAUGGAAGAAGGAAACCAUUGAAGCAGUAAACAUUUCUGUUUUGCUUUGUAGAUGAUCUGUUUUGUCCCUAUAAAAGUUGUAGAUAAUGAAUGCAGUUGCAGCGCUGGCUUUUGAAAUGUAAUUAAUGCUAAUACUGCCAAUUUAUAUAGGGCAUUCUUUAAUGUCUAUACCUUGAUUUUCCAGUUCUUGAUAGAAUGAACUUUCUAGUAAUUUUUGUGGUUAAAAGUUAAUAGAUGUAUUGUUUUUAGCA